AUGCUCAGUCGACAUUUUUGUGUCUCUCUACUCACUCGGUCACCUUUAUGCAGCCUUUGCCCUUUUUUGUUCCCAUUGCUUGCGCCAUAAUCUGCUCUAUCAGAUCUUAGUAAAUAAUUAGAGAGAGCAUCAUGCACUGGUUGGUGGGACCAAUAGUGGGCGGCGUGGGGGUGGUCGUGCUCAUCAUCACCGUCGUGUUGGGAUGGGUCGUCGUGCCCAACAUCAUCGACGACAGAAUCAUAGAAGAAGUGCGGCUCGUACCAGGAACGGACACGUGGGAAAAGUGGGAAGAAAUCCCUGUCCCAAUCAAUCUCAACUUCUACACGUACAGCAUUACCAAUCCGGACGACGUUGAACGGGGAUCGAGGCCAAUUUUUGAGGAGAAAGGACCGUAUUCCUACAGAGAAGAACGGAAGAAAGUCAACGUGAGUCUAGUGGAUGGUGAUGACGUUGUGCGAUACGAGCAGACCAUCACCUACUUCUUUAACCGAUCUACAUCAUGUCCAACCUGCUUUGAAGACGACAAGAUCAACAUCAUCAAUGUAGCAUUCCUGUCGGUCAUAAUGGUGGUGCAUGACGAAGUGAGUCCUUGGUUGGCGGCUUUCAUCGCCAACGGUGCUCUAGGAACGGAAACCUUUGUGAGGAGAGACGUCCGCGUGGGUGACCUCACCUUCGAGGGCUUCGACACCAGGUUGUACUCGGAAACUCUGGGUCCACUCCUGCCCGAGGAGUUUUCCGGAGGCAGGUUUGGACUUUACAAGGGGACGAAUGGAUCGGCGGACGGGGUGUACGAAAUCUACACGGGUGUUGGCAAAACUGCCGACUUUGGACGGGUGAAAACAUACGAAGGCCUCGAAACGCUGGAUGAGCUCGGGUGGUGGCAAAAUGGCACAUUCUGCUCCAAAAUUAACGGGACAGACGGAUCCUUAUUUCCUCCCUUCGUGGAGAAAUCUUGGGUCAUGUACGUCUUUUCCACCGACCUUUGUCGCUCACUAUACCUCACAUUUGAGAAGGAGGUUGAACAUAGAGGAAUUAAAGGCUACCGAUUCGUCGCGCCGAAGAAGAUGCUCGAAAAUCCGAGAACAAACCCGGACAACCAAUGUUUUUGCAUGGAGGAGUACUUGGAGGAUUGUCCACACAGUGGAGUGAUUCACAUUAAAGGGUGCAAGGGUGGAGCCCCCAUCAUGAUGAGCACCCCUCACUUUCUGGAUGGCGACGAAAGAUACCUCAACGCCUCCCAAUUGUCCAAACCCGUGAAAGAGAAGCACGAAACCGUGAUUGAUGUAGAGCCCAAUAGUGGUCUCACGUUACGAGCCAACAAACGAAUCCAAGUGAACGUUGAAGUGAUACCGGUUGGUGGGAUUGAUGCAUUGGAGCACAUCAAGGAAUACAUGGUUUUCCCGUUGAUCUGGGCAGAUGAGGAAGCCAUCUUGGACGAGGUCAACGCUGACGACUUGAAAGGACGACUCCUCACGCCUCUGAAAAUUGUAAAUAUCGGAAAAUGGACCGUGCUGGGGGUGUCAGUAGCCAUUAUCGCACUGGGAGCCGCAAUAUUCGUCAUUCAACGAAGGAACGCAAGAGAGACUGUGUAACAAAUUAUGCAUUUAUAACGAAAAUUCAAGUAAAACAAGUAUAAAAGAAAAAAAAUGUUUUAAUUAUAAACUAAAAAA